GCUUGAUUGAAAUUCCGUUACAAUGGCAGUAGAAGCCAACUCUUCUCCAGCUCAUUCCUAAUCACAUGUGAGGAUGCUGGAAAAACGCUGGCAGAGGACAGAUGCUCUUGACGGUGAACCGUGCAUGACCGAUCCACCCUGAUGGGAUGAGGUCAUUGGACUGAUAGUUCCUGACGGCGGGAGAAGCCUUUAUGCGCCGCGACCAGCAACCCGAGGAUGUCCAUCAGUCUAGGCUCACCUCCUCCUUACAUCUCUCUCUCAUCCACCAGAAGGAAAAUACACUGCUCAGUCUAACUCAAUCAUAGCAAGAAGACUCGAGCAAGCUCCGACACCGUGGCAAUGGCAGCCCGCAACACGCUCCGUCGAGCUCUUCUCUACAUCCCCGGGUCCUCGCAACGCUUCAUUGACAAAUCCCGCACCCUAACCGCCGACUGCGUGGCCUAUGACCUCGAAGACAGCGUGACUCCGCACAAGAAAGCGGAAGCCCGCACACUGGUGCGGAGGGCCCUCGACCAGCCGACACCAGAGGGCAUCCGCGAGCGAGCGGUGCGCAUCAACUCGGUCGACAGCGGUCUUGCCCUAGGCGAUCUCACCGAAGUACUGCAAUCCCCGAACCUGACCACAAUCGUAAUCCCCAAGGUCAACAGCGCCUCGGACCUAACCUUCGUAACGGACGUAAUCAACCACACGAUAUCGCAGCAACCGCACCAACUCCCCCGGACCCCAAUCUCGCUGCUCGCGCUGAUCGAAUCCGCGAAAUCCCUCACAAACCUGACCCAGAUCUGCGGCGCCACGCCAUUACUGCAGGGCCUGAUCUUCGCGGCGGAGGACUUCGCGCUGGACCUCAGCCUGACGCGCACCCCGUCACUGACGGAGUUCCUGUUCGCGCGGUCCAUGAUCGCGACGGCGGCGCGGGCGGCCGAACUCCCCUCCACGAUCGAUCUGGUGUGCACGGCCUACAAGUCGAGUAGUAGUGGUAAGGGUGGGAGCGAUGGGUCGUCAUCGUCGCCUCCGGCGGUUCUGGAGGAGGAGUGUCGGGAUGGUCGGCGAUUGGGGUUCAAUGGGAAGCAAUGUAUCCAUCCGUCUCAGGUGGAGACAGCGCAGCGGAUCUUCGGGCCCGAUCCUGAGGAGGUGCAGUGGGCGGUGAGGGUGUGUAUCGCCGAUGAGAAGGCUGCUAGGGCCGGACGCGGGGCGUGGACGCUGGAUGGGAAGAUGAUUGAUGUGCCGGUUGCGGAGAAGGCGAGGGCCGUGGUCAAGAAGGCUGAGGCCUGUGGGUUUAAUGUGCGGGAGUUGAGGGAGAAGUGGAAGGGUCAGGAGCCUGAGUGAAUUGGUCCGCUUCGAAAAGCCGGAUCAUAUCUGCGGAGAACCCAUCACGAGAUUGAGGAGCGUUGUUACUCAGUUAG